AUCUCCAAAGCGAGCCAGCACAAAAGAGCAGAAACCCUAGAAAACCAGAGAGAAGCAAAAACCCUAGUGAACCGGAGAGAUGACGCAAAAAUCCAAUCUUUUCAAAGGCCAGCCGAAGAGGAAGGUAAUCGCUCCCAAUCGCCAUGGAAAGCCCUGCCAAACUCGCAAAGGUAAGAGAGUGGUGAAGCCUUCGAAGGUCACAAAGGAGAUGGACGCUGAUAGGGAGGUGAGCAAGUUCAUAAACUACUGCAAUGAGGUGAAAGCAGCCACUGUUGCCAACAAGGAAGGUGGUCAACUAAGUAUUGUAAAAACCCCAUCAGAGCCUUCUAAUGCUGCAAAGAAGUAGACACCGAUACUACAAAAUUGGGGCUAUUAAGUGCAAUAGAUCAGAGGAAACACCGUGCAAAAUUGGCAUUGGCCUGAUUGUGGGUUUCUUUAUAUAUAAAACAUAUAUUUUUAUUCAUUUGGUCUUUUCUUUUAGUUCUUUGUUUCCCUUCUUUGGUUUGUGGCAGAGUGGAAGUUUGGGCUGUCUUUUCCUUGAACUUUCUCAUGUUGUAACUCAUAGCAAGUUGAAGGAAUGUAAACUUUAAAGUUUUGAGAGAAUGAUUGAUGUUCACAAUUGAAAUGGUUGAAUACAAUUCUAACAGCUGACUGGACUUGAGAUUA